CGCAGCUUCGAAUAAGAUCAUCUUAAAAGGCUGAAAUCUGGACAUGCUAGUCACACGAGUGCCAUCAAAGGACCCUCAUCGUCCCCUUUAAAAGUCCAUCGGUUAAAUCAAACAUCGACCAAUAAAUGAUAAAAAACGAAGAAAAUCGGCCUCAAGAAUUGGCAUCGACACAUCCGCUACCACAAAUCUCCACUCGAAAACAGAUCCAAGGCCAAUAUCGAUUUUUCGCGCUAAUGCUCCAAAAGUGGUAAUUCGUGUGCUGCUAGCGGUGACCAAAUUACCAGAGUAGUUGGCAGACCCAAGUAAUGACGAAGAAAUCAUCCGAUGAGGCAGUAAAGAAAUAGAGGCUCGAGAAUCCACAAGAAAACGAGGGUUUGAAAGAGUUCAUUUCCUUGAUCAAACUUUUGAACGGCAUUUGUAUUCUGAGAAGCGACCUGUCAAGAAUUCAACAAACGACGCGGCCAUGAUGCAGGUUACUUCUUACUAUCUUUGGCUUCUCGGUGCUUUUGUCACUAUAACGGUGGCUCAAUUGAGUGAAUACCAACCGGAAGAAGAGAAUUAUUCCGCGUACAAUCAAGUUUCUUCAGCCAAUGAUGCGAAUAAUCCUUGGGCCAAUUACCAGCAACAAGUCCAGCAACCCUUGUACUCUGGAUUCUCUAACGUGGACCGCCAAGGCAUUUUGGAUAAUCCGGAGGCCGUGGGCAUUGUGGCCGUGGCUGUGGUGGGAGCCGUGGCAUUGGGUGCGACCGCCUUGAGUUUGGCCGAUGCCAGAGAAACCAAUGCACGAUUAUCCCAACGACAAGCUCAGAUUUGCUCCGACGGCAAGGCAACCGCCGGUCAAUUGACUACUCUGGCCAGACAAAUACUAAUGUUUGUUCCUGUCUUGCAAAGCCAAGCAGACCCCAUUGCAGCACUGGCGCCGCAAUUAGAAAGUUCGAUGGAAUCUAUCAUCUCGUCAAUCCCCACAAUCAGUUGUUAGAUACUCUAAUAGAGUCGCGUGCUAUGUUUAGCAUUCCUCAUUCAUUCCGCAUCUCUUUUGUAAACCUUUGCACCAAAAAACUCACUCCAAAGCAUGAGCCACUUUGCCCUCUUCCAGGGUCAUUCCGAGAAGAGGGCCAAGAGCCUCAUUUUGCACUUUCAACUAUAAUUAGUGAUUGGUAAUCACUGAUUACCGAUCAGUUUGGAGAGCAUACCAUUCUGGAUUGUUUUUCUGUUCUUCUAAAAGUUAGAAGCAAAAUCUCAAUCGUUCUCAUUCAAGUGCAGAUCAUUGACAUUUAUGAAUUGUUUUUGUUUUAGAAACAUGAAAAUAUAUUAGAAAAAUGUG